AUGCCUGACAGCACAAGGGAGCAGUGGGAGCCCAAGGCCAUCGUCCCUGCCACGCUGGCGAGGCAGGUCGUCUCCGAUCUGCCCAACAAGCGUUUCCAACUCGGCUCGGUCGCCUCUAGUCCUGCCCCAAGUUAUCGCUCGCAAAACGAUUCCAAGCAAUCUCGUGAUCUCUACCUCCUUGGUUUCGCUCUCAAGCAAAAUUCCCUAUGGAACUUAUUGCUCAACAAAUUACGCGUCACAUGCGACCCCAGGCUCACGGCCCCAGGACUAUCCAAAGAAACCACCGCGGAUCAUCCCACAGAUCCGAACUCAUUAGUUCACGUCUCGAUUCCUCACCCCGGAGUAUCCACCACGGCUCGCGGAAACAAAGCUAGAUUGAAAAAGAGACAAUCCAAACCGUAUUCAAAGCCAAUCGAGCUACCAUCCAAGCAGUCCACAACCGCUCCUGGGUCAUUGCCAAGCAAGACCAAACUCGGCCCUAUCAGAUCCAAGAAUGCCUACACCUCUUCAUCAACUCAAGUCGCCCCGGAACACGCGCCCAAACAAACUCCAAGAUCGUCCACAUCUGUUCCGCGGGCCCAGCCUGACCGCUUCUUGAUCCAUUUCUCGUCCGCCAAGUACCCCCAAGUCGACCCUUCCAGCAUCCGUCCCGGCUGCACCCGCCCCCUCUCAUCUGCCCCGUUUGUCCUGAAAAUCAAGGGCCGCAAACUCGCUAAAUACUUUGCUUGA